GCUAGAUGGGGAGUUGUGACUUGCUUUUGCACCAUCUACAGUUGAAAGCGUGACUUGUUUCAAGCGCCAGGACACACAAACCCACGAGUAAAACAAGUUUCAAGAAAUGGUGCUUACUAUUAUUUUCUACAAAAUAGUACCUGUUACAAAAUUUCCUGCUUGAGUCUGUCCCGUUUCAUUAAAAAACAGCUAACUUGAUUUCGUGACUCACAAAGGAGUCGUGACCUGCCCAUGACAGGGUCUGGGGGUCCCUGGUCCUCCCUGCAUAUCUGUGCUCAGCCGUCCCCACGCUCCCGCCACGUCUGCCCCCUCGCCCGCUCCGCCCCCUCUCCACGGGAGGCCCUUGGCUCCUUCCCCUGGCGCUCUGCCUGGGCUCUCUACCUCUGUUCUGCUGAAGAAUUUAGUUUCUCACUAAGACAGAUGACUCAGGGUCAUAUAUUUGAUAUGUUUCUAGUCCCAGCUGAUAUUUCCAGUCCCAGCUCAUGUCCUGAGCUCUGUGUUGGCAACUCUCCCCGCAGUGACUGUCCCCCUAGUCUGUCUCAGAGUUCCAAGCUCCGCGUGUCGGAAACUGAAGCGCAGGACUGCAGAGUCAGCCGUCUCAGGCGGCAAAUACAUCUUGGUCACCGACUACCGGGUACUGCCUCCUGGGCUCCUGGACUUCUGCCUCACCCAGCAGGCAAGCACGCAGGCAGGUCUGGGGCUGCUUCUACGCUCUCUGCUCUCUGGCCUCCAGGAUGGGCCCGGGUCCUGGGAGGCCCAGAACCCCCUCUGUGCAGUCUCAGGUCGGGCAGCCCCUCCCCGGGCAGAGCCAGCCUGAGGGGCUGGCACUGGCCCUUGUCUCUUCCCUGCCUUGGAAGCCCCUCUCUGCCUGUGACCCCUCUGUUCCCCCAGACAGAGGGUCGCCUCCCUGCCUCUGCCUGUGACCCCUCUGCUCCCCCAGACGAGGGGCUCCUCCCUGCCUCUGCCUGUGACCCCUCUGCUCCCCCAGACGAGGGGCUCCUCCCUGCCUCUGCCUGUGACCCCUCUGCUCCCCCAGACGAGGGGCUCCUCCCUGCCUCUGCCUGUGAUCCCCCUCUGCUCCCCCAGACGAGGGGCUCCUCCCUGCCUCUGCCUGUGAUCCCCCUCUGCUCCCCCAGACGAGGGGCUCCUCCCUGCCUCUGCCUGCUGCUACCCCUCCCCGGGUUCCUGUCCUCCCCCCCGCCCCUGUUUCUCUCUGUCUCUCCCCCUCUCUUUCUGUCCACGUUUCCCUGUGCUCUGAUCCGCGACUGACUUCCCACCCACGGGGAGACACACCUGGCCCUGAGCCCCCCAGGCUGAAACCACAGCCAGCAUCUCAGGCCGAGCUUACACAGGGGCCGUGCACCCACUCUCCACUCAGGAAGUUCAAGGGCAUCGCCCAGAUCCUCUCCUCCCCUCCCCUGGGGCCACCUGCAGUCCGCAGGGUGAGGGCCACUUACCGCUCCCCGCUGGCCGCA